UCUCUCGUCCCCCUCCUCCUCCCUCUUCUCUCUCCUCAUCCCCUUCUCUCCCGCCCCGGCCCGAUCGACCCCAAGAACUGCCAAUUUCGCCCUCCUCCUCCUCCUCUCCGCAUUCACAAGGUUCCUCGGGCUCGAUCGAUCAGCUCCUCCUCCUCCUCCUCCUCCUCGCCAUCAAAUAAAAUUUCACCGAUCCCACGAGCUAGCUAGCCUCGCAGAAGAAAAAAGAACAGCUAGGUUAUAUGUUUCAUGGAUCGAUUCUGUUGAGCUCCUGCGAUUCGAUUGCUUGGUGCAGCUGGAUUCAUUCAGAAAUUCGAUCGCUGAGGAGGGCAGACGGCUUUGUAAUUGGUGAUCGUCUUGACGAGGCGGAGGUCGUGAUCUUCGGCGAUGGGGAGGGUCAAACUGAAAAUCAAAAAGCUAGAGAACAGCAGCGGGAGGCAGGUCACGUAUUCGAAACGGCGGUCGGGCAUCCUCAAGAAGGCCAAGGAGCUGUCCAUCUUGUGCGACAUCCAUCUUCUCCUCCUCAUGUUCUCGCCCUCAGAGAAGCCGACCAUAUGCAUCGGCGAGAAGAGUAGCAUUGAGGAAGUGAUAGCAAAAUAUGCACAGCUAACCCCUCAGGAAAGGGCUAAAAGGAAAUUGGAGAGCUUAGAAGCCCUAAAGAAGACUUUCAAGAAGCUAGACCAUGACGUAAAUAUUCAGGACUUCUUAGGCUCUGGGGGUCAGACAGUCGAGGAGUUAUCAAGCCAUCUCGGUUCAUUGCAAUGUCAAAUGGCAGAGGUUCAAAAGCGUGUCAGUUAUUGGUGUGAUCCUGAGAAGGUUGAGAAUAUCGAUCAUAUAAGAGGAAUGGAGCAAUCUCUUAAAGACUCUCUUAAUCGCAUCCGAAUCCAUAAGGAGAACUUCGCAAAGCAACACCUGAUCGGCCUGCAGUGUGCUGCUGCUCAGUUCCAGACCGACAUGCAGUUGCCUCUAGGACUGACCGGCGAUCCGGGCCCUUCGUCGUGGUUCCCAAACGCCGGUGCUGAUGGGCAGCAAACGAUGAUGCUACCGGACGACUCCAGCCUGCUUCAUCAGAGGGACAUUGGUUGCUCGACGAGCACGUCGCUGCAGAGCUACCCGGGCUACUUCAGCAUGAGCAAGCAAUCAACAGACACCGGUGGCGGCAGCGAGCAUGGACAGCCGGCAGUGCACCAGCAGCCACCGGACUUCGGCCAGGCCGAGUGCCUGACGUCCCUGCAGCUGGGUGCACCGUUCCAGUACACGCCCUUUGACACAAGCCUCUUCAACGAAAGGAUGUUCAGGCCGGAUGCCAUGGAGCUGCACGACGGCAGUGCAGGCAUCGAUUUCGGCGGCGGACACUUUGACAUGUCCAGGUCCGGUGACGAGGCAAGCUUCCAAAACUGGGCAUCAGCAGCAUGCGGCGCAUCCGUGUUCGACCACCAUCAGCAGCAGCAGCAUCACCAGCAGCAACAGCCAUCAUCUGCACAACAACAACUCUAGGACCUACCUCGUUUGAUCAGGCCGUUGUUAAGCAAGAUCCCUCUCAGCUCCAGCAAGUCGUAAUCUGAUAAUCAUAUGGCGUCACUGGAGACAAUUUUGCUCCCUGAAAGGCGCUAUCAUACUCAUAUCAUUAAAUUAAUCAGCAGGGCGAAAUGUGCUGGAAAUAUUGUUGUAUAGGGAAAUUGUCGAUGUAAAAUAUACAUUGAUUGUAGCCAAUUCUUUCUUGUAAGUAUGAUGAGAUCAUCUAUCAUGUAAUCUACGGUAUAGCCUGCCAUAAAAGAAUUGGGCACUUAGUUUCCAUGCAUUCAUUCUUUGUGUAAAACCAAAAAAAAUAAUGGGAUAAAAAAGAAUAGGACACAAGAAGAAGUGUAUUUUCUGGUGGGGCAUCAUGUAACAAUAAUCUAUUGCUGGAUGUACAAGUUCUGGUCGAGGCAAAUUUGGAUGCACAUUUAUUCUUAAUUUAAAGCCACUUAGUUCCUCCCAA